UUCUCCCCCUUUCCUCUCCUCCCCGCCUCCUCCCUACUGGCACGCUCCCUCCCACUCCUCUCCGCUGUCUCAAAGAGGCGGGGGUAGGGAGUAGUAGCGAUCCAAUAGAAAGAGAGAAUGAGGCAAGGGCUGCGGCGUCGCCCACGUGAGCCAAUGAGAGGGCACCUUAGUGAGGGGACCCCACGGAGCGCGUGUCUAGCGGGAGACUGGAAGGGACAGAGAAAGGGUGAGAGACUUAUUGAGAGGAGGGGGUAAUGGAGCCUGUGGACGCUGCGCCUGCAGCCACGUCCCCCACCUCAGCCGUUCCUGCGGACAUGCCGGCGGCUAACGGGGACAUGGGCGGGCCCCAGUGUGGUCUGGGCCUAGGCCUGGUGCCCGAGCGGCUCCAGAAGCGCGAACAGGAGCGGCUGCUGGAGGUGGAGCGGCGGAAGCAGGAGCGGCAGAACCAGACCGUGGAGGAGGAGAAGAGCGACUUCUUCGCUGCCGCCUUUGCCCGCGAGCGGGAGGCAGUGGAGCGACUGCUGGAGUGCGCGGAGCCCGCGCGGCUGAACGAGGCGGCCUCGGGGCUGCAGGCUCUCCAGAAGCUGCUCAACGACGCCGUGCUCUACCUGGCGCCUUACGACGUGCGGCUUGGCCAGGAGACGCUGGCGCGGCUGCAAGGGACCCUGGCGGAGCGGCGCCAGGAGCUGCAGCCCAAGAAGCGUUUCACUUUCAAGUCCCGCCGGAAGGAAGCCGUCAGUCCGAGCCCCAGUCCCGCGGCCACCGCCCCGCCGCCGCCGCCACAGCAGCCGCCUUCCGAAUCUCUGCUGCCGGUCGCGGUCUCCGUCCCCUCCGGCUCUGGCUUCUCCAACCUAGAGUCGCAGACCCUGCAGAUGCAGGCCGAGGAGCUGCACCAGCGCGACAUCCUCCUAACCGGCCUGACGGACUGCACCAUCCGGCUGUACGGGAACCCCAACACGCUGCGGCUGACCAAGGCCCGCGGCUGCACGGUACUCUGCGGCCCGGUUUCCACCUCCGUGUUCCUGGACGACUGCAUCGGCUGCGUCCUGGCCGUGGCCUGUCAACAGCUCCGCACGCACAGCACCCGGGACACCCGCAUCUUUCUGCAGGUGACCAGCCGAGCCAUCGUGGAGGACUGCAGCGGCGUCCAAUUUGCCCCGUACUCCUGGAGUUACCCGGGGAUCGACCAGGACUUUGAGGGGUCUGGGCUGGACAGAAGCAAGAACAACUGGAGGGAUGUGGACGACUUCAAUUGGCUGGCCCGAGGUGUGGCCUCCCCUAACUGGAGUAUUCUUCCAGAAUCGGAGUGGAUAAAGCAGUGGGAUUGAUAAUAUCGGUGGUGCCCGGGCCUACGUUCCCCCAGUUAAAUGACUGUUUACAACUAAAUGACGCCACAAUGCACCUGUUCUUAACACUUGCACUUUAUUACACGUUUUCGGUGUCUUAAUAACGUCUAUCGCAAGGAUUCUCUGCUGUAAAUUUCAUUGUAAAUAACUCACGUUUAAACAGUAUAGUACCUCUGGUGAUGGGUAAUUUUAAGAAUAGAGCCAUCUUCUUUUUUUCUAGCCUUUUAUUAAUGGCUAGAUGAUAAGAAUUGGCUACAUUGGGAUGAAUAAAAAUGAAAAGGGUCGUGAGUGUAUUCCUUUAAUAGUUUUUAAUACCCUAUGGAAUUUCACUGAUUGCUAGUUAUUAUGGAAAAGCAGUAGUUUUAGUGCCCUUUGGAAUACCAAGUACAGUAAAGCAGUGAGAUCACUUAAGUUGAUGGCUAUUGAAUUAUUUUGUAGGCCAGCUCAGUUUCCUGUUUCAGUAUUACUUUACUGUGCUAUUUAAUGGGUGGGUGUGCCUAUGUGUCUUCAGCAUUUAUAUUUGUUUAGGCUUCUGGAAUAUGUUUAUAGAAUCCAGCUCUGCCUCUGAGUUUGCAGUUUUCCUCCAGAGUUCUAGCAUUGAGCUCUCGUAACAACUUCCCUGUGAUUUGUUAAGAAUUUGGAGGGGGGGAGUCUUUAUCAACUUUCGGUGCCUGCAACAGAAUUAUUUUGUGAAGGUAAAUUGUUAGACUUUUUAGGGAUUAAUUUUACCUGAAGAAGAUUGAGGCAAAUACCAAAUAAAUCUUGGAAGCUUUUAAAAAUCUGUUUUCCAUUUUUCUUCUUUUUUUCCUCAUUUAGAGGAUAACUAACAUCUAUAAGUUCUUAAAUGUACAGACAUGCUUUUUUGAAAUUUUAUAGAAGAAAUAUUCAGUCUUACUGCUUUGAAAUAAAUUCUCACAAGGCAUGUAUUUUAUUUAUACAUUGUAUAAUUUGUUACUAGAUUAAAAAAAACGUAAGUCACACUAAUUGUCUUUCAAAAUUUAAUUAAGUAGUUUGCAAUUCUUACAGGUCGGGUUAACUACAUUCCUGUAAAAUUGCUAUAGCAGCUUAAGAAGUAAUAUUAAUAGAAAAUGAAGUCAAGGAUGCAACUUGUUUUGUUUUUUUAUUAUUAAAGUUUUUUAUUUAUAUGGAUAAUUUUUCAACACUGACCCUUGCAAAACCUUUUGUUUUAAAUUUUCCCCUCCUUUCCCCACCCCAUUCCCUAGAUGGCAGGCAGUCCAAUAUAUGUUAAAUAUGUUAAAAUAUAUGUUAAAUACAAUAUGUGUAUACAUAUUUAUACAAUUAUCUUGCUGGACAAGAAAAAUCGGAUCAAUGAGAAAAAAAUGCAAGCAUCAACAGAAAGUGAAAAUGCUAUGUUGUAUUCCAACUCUAUUCCCACAUCCUCUCUCUGGGUGUAUAUGGCUCUUUUCAUCUCUGAACAAUUGGAACUGGUUUGAAUCAUCUCAUUGUUGAAGCCACAUCCUUCAGACUUGAUCAUCGUAUAGUCUUGCUGCUAUGUAUAAUGAUCUGGUUCUGCUCAUUUCAGUUAGCAUCAGUUCAUGUCUCUCCCAGCCUCUCUGAAAUCAUCCUGCUGGUCAUUUCUUAUAGAACACUAAUAUUCCAUAACAUUCAUAUACCAUAACUUAUUCAGCCAUUCUCCAACUGAUGGGCAUCCACUCAGUUUCCAGUUUCUUGCCACUACAAAAAGGUCUGCCACAAACAUUUUUGCAUAUAUGGGUUCCCUUCCCUCCUUUAAGAUUUCUUUGGGGUACAGGUCCAGUAGAAACACUGUUGAGUUAAAGGGUAUACAGUUUGAUAACUUUUUGAGCAUAGUUCUGAAUGUGCAACUUGUUUAAUAAAGUAAAUGGUGGAUAUUAAAAAUUUCCUCAGUGGGUGCCCCCUAGGUAUAGACUGCUGUACUAGUAUUUGGGGAAAGUAAAAUUUAAUUUUUAAAAAUGGUUCAAAAUGGGUCACAUUUACAUACUCGUGCUUAACACAGCUCAGUUUCCUUUUCUGUAAAAUGAGGUUAAUAAUAUAUCACAGUUGUUAAGAUCAAAUGAAAUAAUUUUUGUAAAAUGCUUGCACAGUGCCUGGCACAUAAUAUAAACUAUAUAAAUAUUUUAACUCACUGUUAUUACAUAGCACUCUAAACUUUACAUAUAUUUCUCACAAUAAACCAUAUCAGGCAAGGUUUGUAUCCCAUUUUUACUAAUGAAGAAAAGUAGACUCAGGUUUUUUCUUUUACAUUUUAUUCUUUUGAUUAAACUUACUUAUUUCCACAUGUAUUCCUUUUCCAAAGAGCCAUCCCUUGUGACAAAGAAAAGAAAGGUAAAAUUAAGCAACAUUGAAGUUUAUAAGAAUAUUCAAUGUCAUGCACAUUCUCCUUACUGCAAAAUAAGUAGCAUUUGCAUUUUCCCUCUUUUUGGGGAAUUGAAUAUAAUCAUACAAAUUUAUAUGAUUAUAUAUAGUUUUCCUGGUUAAUCUUAUACAAGAAGGUUUCAAGUCAGCAAAUGUUGAGGUGAGGAUUUUUUGAUUCAAAAGAGUUUUCUUUUCAGUACAGGCAAGAGAAGAUACUUUACCUGCACUAUAAAUAACCUCCUUAUUGAUUUUUCCUGUUUUGUCUUCCUCUGACUAAUUUUUCUUCUACACAGAAAACCAAAGUAUUGAGUUUAUCAUGUCACACCCAUAUACAUUUCAUAGAUAAGGCAUUUAAAAACUUUGGAAUUAUAUUCCAGCCUACCUAGUUGUAUUUGCAUUCUAUUCUAUCUUGGUUUUCCCUGGCCUUGCUGUCUCCCAUUCUUUGAAUACAUUUUCCUCAACUUUCUUCAAGGGUCAACUCAGGUGCUAUUUCUUAUAGGAAACCUUUCUAAUCAGUGCUCUUAAAUUAUCCUGUGUUUAUGAAUGAAUGAAAAAGCAGUAGGUAUUUAUUCUGUGUUAAGCACUGAGAUUCAAAUUGGAAAAGUAGUACGGUAUGUACUUUCAGGAAUUUGUGCUGUAUCUGGGAGAUACACAUGUAAACAUUCAGAAGAAAAACCUGUAAGGUCCCUAAGGGUUAAGUAACAAGGUAGAUAGCAAAUGAAAAGUUGCCCUAACAAAUGUGCAUAGAUGAACAGAACACAUUCUCACACUGGCCACAUCCAAAAAUGUAUGUUAAAUGUUGCAUCUUGGGAAUGUUGCCUCUCCAGUCGUGUUUAUCAUCAGCCCUCUGGUUAAACUCAUAAAAGCUCAACUCAAGUACCUCCUCCAUAAAGCCUUCAUUGAUCUAAGCACUAAUGCAGCAAGAAAUGUGAUCUCUUCUGAACUCUGAUAUCACUCUCUUCUGUGCAUUUACUGUGUUUUGAUUCACACAAUAGUGUAUAUUUGAACAUUUUCUUUGUUAAGCUGUAUAAUCUUUAAAAGUAGGAAUUAUACCAUAUUUAUCUUUGCUCCCCUCAGAUGAAAUAAUGUACUUUAGAUAAACUUCCAUCUGUUCUCAUGAGCCUGUCACCCUCUUAUCUUCCAUUGGCUUUGCCCCAUCUGCCAACUAAGGUACCUAGAGACAAUCCUUUAAAAAUUGUUUGCUUUUUGCCAAUGAGGGUUUUUUCUUCUAAUAGAUAUACCUUAUUUUUAUAUGCAUUUAAUAAAGUAGUACAAAUACAA